CCGGGUAACCAGAGAAUUGAGACUGGAGAGGGUGGACGAGGAAGUAAGAUUCUACGGCCAUGGAUCUUCUCUGCAGAGCUUAUGCAAAUACUUCCGAUGAUGAAGAAGGCGAUAACAGCUCGCGUCCCAUCUUACCCGCGAAGAAAAGGCGGUUGGAAGGGUAUUCUUUCCACCCUAUACCCUUCUCUGCGGCGGCCAAUCAUGGCCGCCUGUCUUCUGGCGAGCCUGGAAAAGCUCCGGCGAUCCCAGGCAGAUACGUCUCGAAGAGGGAGAGGGCGAUUCGUUCUGCUUCUUCAAUGCCUGCGGAUUCUUUUCCUCCGGUUAUCAUACCUCCUGAUGCAGGAACUCUGUCUGAUGCAGAUCUUCCUGGUGAUGUUAAGGCGCUGUUAAAAGGUCAUGGCAAAGCUCAUGUACAUGGCAACAAAAUAUCUGGAAAAUUGUCAGUUAAUUUGAAGGGCCAUAGUAAAUCCAUCAAUUCAAUCCAAUGGUCGCACAAUCAUGCACAUCUUCUUGCUUCUGCUGGAAUGGAUCAGUCCGUCUUUGUUUGGAAUGUAUGGAACAAGGCACAGAAGAAAAUAUGCACUUUCACCCAUCAUAAAUCAGCAGUGACAGAUGUGAGGUGGUGUCCACAAGGGUUGUUUUUACUUUCUUGUGGAUACGAUUGUUCUUCAAGGCUAAUUGAUGUUGAAAAAGGGGUGGAAACACAACAAUUCAAGGAAGAUCAAGUUGUUCAAUCAAUAAAGUUCCACUCAGCAAACUCAAAUCUUUUCCUUUCAGGAGGUUCAAAAGGCUUUAUUCGUCUAUGGGACACUCGGGUUAAGAAGGUGGUUCAUGAAUAUCUCAGACAUUUGGAUCCAGUCCUUGAUGUUGAAUUUAGUGUUGAUGGAAAGCAUUUUAUUUCUUCGACUGACACAUCAAGAAGCAACAUUAGUGAGAACUCUAUUAUUAUCUGGGAUGUAUCACGACAAAUUCCCUUGUCAAAUCAGGUGUAUACAGAAGCCUUUACAUGCCCAUGCAUCAGAUACCACCCCUCAGAUUGUUGCUUCAUUGCGCAAUCAAACGGGAACUACAUAGCCAUUUUCUCAGCCAGGCCUCCUUUCAGAUUAGACAGGUACAAGCGGUAUGAGAAUCAUGGAGUCUGGGGCUUUCCCAUUAAGUGCAAUUUCAGCUUGGAUGGCAAGGAAGUUGUUACAGGUUCCUCUGAUGGAUCUAUAUACUUUUAUGAUUAUAGAUCUGCACAACUUAUUAGAAAAAUUAAAGCUUUUGAGGAACCAUGCAUUGAUGUUGUGUUCCAUCCUUUGAUUCCUGAUUUAGUUGCAGCUUGUAGUUGGAAUGGUGAAAUCUCUGUAUUCGACUGAUUCAGGCUUGAUUUUGAACAGCUUUUCUACUGAUUUUUAAAGUAAUUUUUUAGCACAAAAAGUAAAUUUAUUGUACUAAAAAGUUACUUUAAGAAGCAGUAAAAAGCUGCCCCAAAUGAAAUCUUAUACCCUUACCUUUCUUCUUAUGAGAGAGAGGAGUUCCAAUCUUUUAAGUUAAAUAUUUUUUGUAUUAUUACAUAAAUUUUGAAUCUUUUUGGAACAAUUUUCUUCCAAUCUUUACAUGUACUGCAAUUACAGCUAUCUUUAUAAAAAAUUUCAGCCGUCUCAAAUA